AAAACUAACCUAGCUGUCAAAUUCUUAUCUGUCUAAAAUUUAUAGCUGUGAUGUAAGGAAAUUGUUUUGUUACAAUGGAUUGGAUUAAGAUUAUUGUUUAUGCUGAUCAGACGAGAUAUUAGAAUUUAUAUUAGGUUAUACAGUUGAAGGAUUCCAUUUGAUACUUGCCACUUGUCAAUGCUUCAUCAGUUACCAAUUUUGCAACAAAUGUUAACAAUUGAUGCUGCAUAGCAUUUACAUUGUAAGAAAUCAUGGAUAUUGAGACGGAAAAUGUUAUAAACCUAGUGUUCCCAGAAGGCAUUCCAGAAUCAUGGAAAGAGAAUCCCGAAUUUUAUCAAUAUCUCUCAAAACUUGGUGGAUUUGAUGUAGAUCAGCUCAGUAAAGAACCUGAUCAUUUGUCGGACGAGAAAAGCGCAGUGCUGCAGACUACGCAGGAGUUGGUCUUCGCAAACUACAAGACUUUCAUUCAGACAGCGGAAAGUUCACGGGAGAUACUGAAUCAUUUCAACGAGACAGAAAACCGCCUCGACAAACUUGUGCAAAAGAUCCCGGAGUUCGUGGAGAAAUGCCAGUCGUUCUGCGACACCUCGAAAGACAUCAACGCGCACAGGAGGCUGAACAGCCUGACGCUGACACGAAAUGCGGAGCUGCUCGAGAUCCUUGAGAUGCCUCAGCUGAUGGAAUCGUGUCUGAGAAGCAACCAGUAUAACGAGGCGCUAGAAUUGUCCCAGUACGCUCGUCAAUUAGGAAUGAAGCACGGAGACAUUCCCAUCAUCUCGUCCAUGGUAACCGAGAUCGAGAGCAGCUGGUCGGGAAUGGUGGGCCAGGUAGUCGGAUCUCUAAGAGGAGACCUGCCGCUCCCGCGGUGCCUCCAGCUCGUGGGUCUGCUGCGAUCCAUGGACGCGUUCACGGAACCGGAGCUUCGAAUAAAGUUCCUUCAAGCGAGGGACAGCUGGCUGCAAAGCUUGUUAAAUGCGAUACCAAAGGACGAUCCUAAUCUACACAUUGCCAAGACGAUAGAACUGUCCAGAAUACAUUUGUUUAACAUAAUAACUCAGUACAAGGCCAUGUUCAACGACGAUGAGCUGACGAUUCCCGGUCGCGAUCUUACGCUGAACGAAUCCGCGAUAUUUUAUCACUGGUUGGAGGAGAAGAUAACGCAAUUUCUCGCAACGUUAGAGCAGGAUUUACCAGGCGUGACGUCCAUAGAUUCCAUCCUGGGCCAGUGCACGUACUUCGGGCUGUCGUUCGGUCGAGUGGGUGUCGACUUCACGGGCCGAAUGUCCGAUAUAUUCGUGCGCGUCAUCGGUGAAAAAUUCGAGCAGAACGUUCGCAGGACCACCAGGAAAUUUGAGAAAGACAUGGAGACGUUCACGUUGAUUAACAAGACGCAACGACUCGAUAUGAAACCGGAAACUUCAAUCAAUUCGGAAAAUCCGCCCGAACAGCUGGUGGAAUUUUAUCCUCUAGCCGAGUACUGCAACGGCAUAAUAGCGGCGUUCAACGAACUGCGUCUCUGCGCGCCGGUAGCACUCUCAGCCUUGUGCACGAAAUUGCUGCAGGAAUCAUUGCACAACGUGGCGAGAGCGAUGCUGAUAUUUUACAAGCAAGAGCAGCAGGCCUUUGCCGCGCCUGAGCGGGAGAACAUGGUCAAGUUCACGCAAUGCCUAAGCGAACAGCUGAUUCCCUACAUACAGUACUGCAUACACGCGAUUUUCCCGCCCACUCAAAUCGCAACGCACUUAGGAAUAUCGGUCAGCGUGCUGCAGAAAGAGGAGAUCACGUGUCUGAACAAGGAGAGUAUCUUGGAGCCCGUGGCUAUCCUGUUACCCAUCAAGAAAGACCCGUUGCUUCCCAAAUUAUGCGUGCAGCCAUUAAUGUCGCAUAACGCGAAACCUUCCACCGCGACGCCGACGGAUUCGAUCUCGGCGAGAACUACCGUAUUCGAAACGGAGAGGCCGAUAUCGAAGAAUCAUCAUGUACAGAACUUGCAGAAUUCCACCGAUCACGCAAAGCAGAAUAUUUAAUUGUAAAUAUGGACACGUGCGAUCGGAUCGCUUGCUAUUCCAUAUUCCAUGAGACAAUGUAUAUAUAAUAAAAAGAGAAUUUUUACG